AUGACCGGACACAACGUCGAUAAGUGCUACAAGAAACACGGCUAUCCCCCCGGUUGGGUGCCGGGAUACCAAAACAAGACAAAACAGCAGGGAGCAGCUCCUAUGAUGAACAACCUGACUGAUUUUGAAGUCACGAACGAUCAAUUUCAGAAACUUAUGUUAGCUGUUCAAAGUCAGAUGGGACAAACCUCUCAAACUCAAUCAAGACAGCUUCCUAAUUCAGCAGCAGCUAUCUCCCUUAUCCCUAAGUUUGGAGAGGAUCACAGUGAAGGCAAGUUUUCUGCUCCUCAUGUUAAUUUCAUUUCUCUGUGCAAUUCUACAUGGAUUCUUGACUCUGGAGCAACAGACCACAUAGCAUGUUCUAUUGAAUCAUUUGUUGAUUAUCAUACUGUUGAGGGUGAUGAGGUCAGUUUACCUACUGGGGAACGGGUUGCAGUUAAGCACAAAGGGAAUAUAAGGCUUGGGAACAAUUUAUGGCUAAAAGAUGUUAUGCACAUACCUUCAUUCCAUUUCAACAUAGUAUUAGUAAGCAGGCUGCUUUGUGACAAUGCUUAUGAUUUGAUCUUUUCCUCUAAGCAGUGUAUGAUUCGGGAACCUCAUGGGAUGACGGUUGGUUUAGCUAAACAAGAGAAGGGACUCUACCUCAUGGUGAAGCCAUUUAUGGAGUUGAAUAAUAAUCACAACAAAUUGGCCAUGCAAUUCUUCUAUGAACAGCAGUUCCCUUUCCAAGAAGAGAACACAUUGUUGCCACAAGAAUUCAAUCCUCCCUUGCCGAACAUCCCCUUAUCAACACAUUUACAGUAUGAGGCACAACCUGGGGAUAAGGGAGUGCAGAUUUUAGACAUUGAACAAGCUCAGUUUGAGCCAACCAGUCCUGGCAGUCACGAUCUCCCUCAGAACUCUCAUACUCCUUUAGUUAAUGAGACAGAAACAGAAGGCUCAAUCACUGACCAAUCCUCACAUCAGGAAACAAUGGUUGAUACAGAUGAAAAUAAUAAUGCAGAGAACAGAGGUAGAGAUAAUUCAGUCCCUAGGCGAUCAAAUAGGGAGAGACGAAUGCCAAGAAAGCUACAUGAUUACUUCUGUGACUCGGUUGUCCAGCACCGCUCACCUCACCUCCUAUCUAAAGUAAUAUCAUAUGAUCAUAUCUUUCAUCAUCGCAUAAAGCUCUCACCAUGGCAAUCACCUCUUUCAUAG